GCCCGGCCCCCCCGGCCAAGUCCCCCAGAGUCCCAGCCCCAGCCUGAGGUGGGCACAACGCUCCGGGUCCGGCAGCAAGCACUCUGCUCCCGUCCCACAGCUGAAGCCACACAGUUCCCAGAGCUUGGGCCCAGAAGGUGCCUGAGGGCACUGGGACAUUAGCCCCAGGUCCCCGAGGCCGAAGAGAAUCUGGUUGGUUUGCAGUCACUCCUGAGGCAGCCAACCCCCUGCUGGGGAGAGUGUGGUGCGGGGCUUGGGGGUGAUGCUCUUGUGUCCAGCACCUGUACGGCCCCAGCACCCAGGCCUUGCAGGCACAUCUCCCAGUCCCAGCAGGGCCUGCACGCCAACCUCCCCAGCCUGGCCCCUGGGCAGGCAGGAGGUGAGUAGUGGACGGCAGGCCCAGGGUGGGGUGGCCGCCCAACACCCCAGGGGCUGCACUUUGCAGCUGCCCCAGCUGGCUACCACCCUCCCGGCUCUUGAGCCCGGGAUGCAAGGAUGGCCAGGCCAUCUAUAGCCACCCUGGUGCCUCUGGGCCCCGAGAGCCUGCACCCCUUCACCCGGGAGUCCCUGGCAGCCAUAGAACGGCGGAGGGUGGAGGAGGAGGCCCGGCGGCAGCGCAGCAAACAGAUGGAGAUCGAGGAGUCUGAACGGAAGCCGCGCAGUGACCUGGAAGCUGGCAAGAACCUCCCCCUUAUCUAUGGGGACCCACCACCAGAGGUCAUCGGCAUCCCCCUGGAGGACCUGGAUCCCUACUACAGAGACAAGAAGACCUUCAUCGUGCUCAACAAGGGCAAGUCCAUCUUCCGCUUCUCUGCCACACCUGCCCUCUACAUGCUGAGCCCCUUCAGCAUCCUCAGACGGGUUGCCAUCAAGGUGCUCAUCCACUCGCUGUUCAGCAUGUUCAUCAUGAUCACCAUCCUGGCCAACUGCGUGUUCAUGACCAUGAGCAACCCGCCCAGCUGGUCCAAGCACGUGGAGUACACCUUCACGGGGAUCUACACCUUUGAGUCCCUCAUCAAGAUGCUGGCCCGAGGCUUCUGCAUCGAUGACUUCACAUUCCUCCGGGAUCCCUGGAACUGGCUGGACUUCAGUGUCAUCAUGAUGGCGUACCUGACGGAGUUUGUGGAUUUGGGCAACAUCUCAGCUCUGAGAACCUUCCGGGUGCUGCGGGCCCUGAAAACCAUCACAGUCAUCCCAGGGCUGAAGACCAUUGUGGGGGCCCUGAUUCAGUCAGUGAAGAAGCUGUCAGACGUGAUGAUCCUCACUGUCUUCUGCCUGAGUGUCUUUGCCCUGGUGGGGCUGCAGCUCUUCAUGGGAAACCUGCGGCAGAAGUGUGUGCGCUGGCCGCCGCCCUUUAAUGACACCAACACCACGUGGUACGGCAAUGACACGUGGUACGGCAAUGACACGUGGUACGGCAAUGACACGUGGAACAGCCAGGGGAGCUGGGCCAGCAACUUCACCUUCGAUUGGGAUGCCUACAUCAAUGAUGAAGGGAACUUCUAUUUCCUGGAGGGUGCCAGUGAUGCCCUGCUCUGUGGGAACAGCAGUGACGCUGGGCACUGCCCUGAGGGUUACGAGUGCAUCAAGGCCGGGCGGAACCCCAACUAUGGCUACACCAGCUAUGACACCUUCAGCUGGGCCUUCCUUGCUCUCUUCCGCCUCAUGACGCAGGACUACUGGGAGAACCUCUUCCAGUUGACCCUUCGGGCAGCCGGCAAGACCUACAUGAUCUUCUUUGUGGUCAUCAUUUUCCUGGGCUCCUUUUACCUCAUCAAUCUGAUCCUGGCGGUGGUGGCCAUGGCUUACGCUGAGCAGAAUGAGGCUACGCUGGCUGAGGAUCAGGAGAAAGAAGAAGAGUUUCAGCAGAUGCUAGAGAAAUUCAAAAAGCAUCAGGAGGAGCUGGAAAAGGCCAAGGCUGCCAAGGCUCUGGAAGGUGGGGAAGCAGACGGGGACCCAGCCCACGGCAAAGACUGCAACGGCAGCCUGGACACGUCCCCCGGGGAAAGGGGGCCCCCGAGGCAGAGCUGCAGCGCAGACAGCAGCAUCUCAGAUGCCAUGGAAGAGCUGGAAGAGGCCCACCAGAAGUGCCCACCAUGGUGGUACAAGUGUGCCCACAAAGUGCUCAUAUGGAACUGCUGCACCCCAUGGAUGAAGUUCAAGAACAUCAUCCACCUGAUCGUCAUGGACCCCUUUGUGGACCUGGGCAUCACCAUCUGCAUUGUGCUCAACACCCUCUUCAUGGCCAUGGAGCAUUACCCCAUGACUGAGCACUUUGACAGGGUGCUCAGUGUGGGCAACCUGGUCUUCACAGGCAUCUUCACAGCAGAGAUGAUACUGAAGCUCAUUGCCAUGGACCCCUACGAGUACUUCCAGCAGGGUUGGAACAUUUUCGACAGUAUUAUCGUCACCCUCAGCCUGGUGGAACUGGGCCUGGCCAACGUGCAGGGCCUGUCGGUGCUCCGCUCCUUCCGUCUGCUGCGGGUGUUCAAGCUGGCCAAGUCCUGGCCAACGCUGAACAUGCUCAUCAAGAUCAUCGGCAACUCGGUGGGGGCGCUGGGCAACCUGACGCUGGUGCUGGCCAUCAUCGUGUUCAUCUUCGCCGUGGUGGGCAUGCAGCUGUUCGGCAAGAGCUACAAGGAGUGUGUGUGCAAGAUCGCCGCGGACUGCAGCCUGCCGCGCUGGCACAUGCACGACUUCUUUCACUCCUUCCUCAUCGUCUUCCGCAUCCUGUGCGGAGAGUGGAUCGAGACCAUGUGGGACUGCAUGGAGGUGGCCGGCCAGGCCAUGUGCCUCACCGUCUUCCUCAUGGUCAUGGUCAUCGGCAAUCUGGUGGUCCUGAACCUCUUCUUGGCCCUGCUGCUGAGCUCCUUCAGCGCUGACAGCCUGGCGGCCUCAGAUGAGGACGGUGAGAUGAACAACUUGCAGAUUGCCAUCGGGCGCAUCAAGUGGGGCAUCGGCUUCGCCAAAGCCUUCCUCCUGGGGCUGCUGCGUGGCAAGAUCCUGAGCCCCAAGGACAUCAUGCUCAGCCUCGGGGAGCCCGGGGAGGCCGAGGAGGCUGGGGAGGGUGGGGAGAGUGCACCUGAGGACGAGAAGAAGGAGCCACCACCCGAUGAGGGGGACAGGGACCUGAAGAAAGGCAAUCACAUCUUGAACCACAUGGGCCUGGUCGACGGCCCUCCGCCCAGCUUCGAGCUGGACCACCUCAACUUCAUCAACAACCCCUACCUGACCAUCCAAGUGCCCAUCGCCUCCGAGGAGUCUGACCUGGAGAUGCCCACAGAAGAGGAGACGGACACUUUCUCAGAGCCUGAGGAUGUCAAGAAGCCGCCGCAGCCCCUCGACGGGAACUCCUCCGUCUGUAGCACAGCCGACUAUAAGCCCCCCGAGGAGGACCCCGAGGAGCAUGCCGAGGAGAACCUCGAAGGGGAGCAGCCUGAGGAGUGCUUCACCGAGGCCUGUGUGCAACGCUGCCCUGUUCUCUACGUGGACAUCUCCCAGGGCCGCGGGAAGCUGUGGUGGACCCUCCGCAGGGCCUGCUUCAAGAUUGUCGAGCACAACUGGUUUGAGACCUUCAUCGUCUUCAUGAUCUUGCUCAGCAGUGGAGCCUUGGCCUUUGAGGACAUCUACAUCGAGCAGCGGCGAGUCAUCCGCACCAUCCUGGAGUACGCAGACAAGGUCUUCACCUACAUCUUCUUCCUGGAGAUGCUGCUCAAGUGGGUAGCCUAUGGCUUCAAGGUGUACUUCACCAACGCCUGGUGCUGGCUGGACUUCCUCAUCGUAGAUGUCUCCAUCAUCAGCCUGGUGGCCAACUGGCUGGGCUACUCAGAGCUGGGGCCCAUCAAGUCCCUGCGGACACUGCGGGCCCUGCGUCCCCUGAGGGCACUGUCCCGAUUCGAGGGCAUGAGGGUGGUGGUGAACGCCCUCUUGGGGGCCAUCCCCUCCAUCAUGAACGUGCUGCUCGUCUGCCUCAUCUUCUGGCUCAUCUUCAGCAUCAUGGGUGUCAACCUGUUUGCCGGCAAGUUCUACCACUGCAUCAACACCACCACCUCCGAGAGGUUCGACAUCUCCGAAGUCAACAAUAAGUCUGAGUGCGAGAGCCUCAUGCACACAGGCCAGGUCCGCUGGCUCAAUGUCAAGGUCAACUAUGACAACGUGGGCCUGGGCUACCUUUCCCUCCUGCAAGUGGCCACCUUCAAGGGCUGGAUGGACAUCAUGUAUGCAGCUGUGGACUCCCGGGAGAAGGAGGAGCAGCCGCAGUAUGAGGUGAACCUCUACAUGUACCUCUAUUUCGUCAUCUUCAUCAUCUUUGGGUCCUUCUUCACCCUCAACCUCUUCAUCGGCGUCAUCAUCGACAACUUCAACCAGCAGAAGAAGAAGUUUGGAGGGAAAGACAUCUUCAUGACGGAGGAACAGAAGAAAUACUAUAACGCCAUGAAGAAGCUUGGCUCCAAGAAGCCUCAGAAGCCGAUUCCCCGGCCCCAGAACAAGAUCCAGGGCACGGUGUACGACUGCGUGACCAAUCAGGCCUUCGACAUCGCCAUCAUGAUCCUCAUCUGCCUCAACAUGGUCACCAUGAUGGUGGAGACGGACGAGCAGAGCCAGCUCAAGGUGGACAUCCUCUACAACAUCAACACGGUCUUCAUCGCCAUCUUCACGGGCGAGUGCGUGCUGAAGAUGCUGGCCCUGCGCCAGUACUACUUCACUGUCGGCUGGAACAUCUUCGACUUCGUGGUUGUCAUCCUGUCCAUCGUGGGCCUCGCACUCUCCGACCUGAUCCAGAAAUACUUUGUGUCACCCACACUGUUCCGUGUGAUCCGCCUGGCUCGGAUCGGGCGUGUCCUGCGGCUGAUCCGUGGGGCCAAGGGCAUCCGGACGCUGCUUUUUGCCCUCAUGAUGUCGCUGCCUGCUCUCUUCAACAUUGGCCUCCUCCUGUUCCUGGUCAUGUUUAUCUACUCCAUCUUUGGCAUGUCCAACUUUGCCUAUGUCAAGAAGGAGUCGGGCAUCGAUGACAUGUUCAACUUUGAGACCUUGGGCAACAGCAUCAUCUGCCUCUUUGAGAUCACCACGUCGGCUGGCUGGGACGGGCUCCUCAACCCCAUCCUCAACAGUGGGCCCCCUGACUGCGACCCCACACUCGAGAACCCGGGCACCAGUGUCAGGGGGGACUGUGGCAACCCCUCCAUUGGCAUCUGCUUCUUCUGCAGCUACAUCAUCAUCUCCUUCCUCAUUGUGGUCAACAUGUACAUCGCCAUCAUCCUGGAGAACUUCAACGUGGCCACUGAGGAGAGCAGCGAGCCCCUCAGCGAGGACGACUUUGAGAUGUUCUAUGAGACAUGGGAGAAGUUUGACCCCGACGCCACCCAGUUCAUCGACUACAGCCGCCUCUCCGACUUUGUGGACACCUUGCAGGAGCCUCUGAGGAUUGCUAAGCCUAAUAAGAUCAAGCUCAUCACGCUGGACCUGCCCAUGGUGCCGGGGGACAAGAUCCAUUGCCUAGACAUCCUCUUUGCCCUGACCAAAGAGGUUCUGGGCGACUCUGGGGAGAUGGAUUCCCUCAAGGAGACCAUGGAAGAGAAGUUCAUGGCAGCCAACCCCUCCAAGGUGUCCUACGAGCCCAUCACCACCACCCUCAAAAGGAAGCAUGAAGAGGUGUGCGCCGUCAAGAUCCAGAGGGCCUACCGCCGGCACCUGCUCCAGCGCUCUGUGAAGCAGGCGUCCUACAUGUACCGCCACAGCCAGGAUGGCGGCGGGGAUGGGGCCCCGGAGAAGGAGGGGCUGAUCGCCGAGGCCAUGAACAAGAUGUAUGGCCGUGAGGAUGGGAACAGCAGGGUGCAAAGCAAGGGUGAGGAGAGGGGCCUGAUGGACACCGGACCUGCCAUUGGGCUCACGCCCAUCAGCCCCUCAGAUGCUGCCCUCCCUCCUUCCUCAACCCCGGGGCAGACGCUGUGCCCAGGGGUCAAAGAGUCUCUUGUCUAGCAGGCAGCAGCAAGGUGGCCACCUGAGCCAUGCACAGCCCCGAAGCUCACCCACGGUGCCCGCUCACUGAGGGGGCAGGGUGCUGAGCCUGGGGCUGAUCCAGUCCCGGUCAGGGACAGGAUUUGGCCGUGCUGGGGCUGACAUCCAGACCACGGAAAAUGGGAAUUAUGCCCAGAGGCUCCGCACUGGGCCUGAGGCCCCUGUCUCUAAGAUUUCACCCUCAAGUUGCGCUCACCUCCUUAUGGGCCCUACUGCCCCUCCUCUUGGCCUGGGAGGAAGUCAGAAUAUCAGAAUCUCUUCCCCCACUUGGGGAGGAGCUGGCCUACGAUGAAGGGAUUGGCUGCCUUCUGCCACCAGUCUUAAGGGCUGCUGGCCUCUCCUGCAGGCAGUGGCUCCGGCCCCUAGCCCCUCCAGGACAGAGACGGCUUAACUUCAGUGAGAGCAGACACCUGACCCCAGGGCCUGUCAGCCCUCCUCCGACUCUGGGAUGCAGCUUCACCCUGCCACAUCGGGAAUUCCCUGGAAAAGUGAAAUGUUGCUGGUCCAGAAAUGGCUCCACAAACCUGACUGUCCCCUGAUCCUGACAUAUCAGCCUUGGUUAGUGGCCCCUGAAACCAUUUCCCUGUGUGUCCGUUGUCCGGCCCCUUAGCUCCCCUGGCUGGCCCCUGGGGGAUGAGCAGAGAGAGGAGUCCACCUGGGAAUUGUCUUUUCCUUGGAAUCAUGGCUGGGUGGCAUAGGCUGAGUCCCACAGCUGGGUCACUGCAGCGGAGACUUUCUGGGCCUGAGAGGCCACCCCUGGGGUGGGGUCGGGUCCCUGGCAUGCAGUAAGUAGAUUCCUAUUUCCUCCUUCCUGUCGUCAGUCCUGCGUUAGCAGAGCUGGGCUCCCUGUAGCCUCACCAAGCCUAAAGAUCCCCUUACCCCCACCAUGCCCACCUCUUUCUCCUGCCUUGUCCUUUUUUCCCCUCCUCAGACUGAUCCUAAGAACACUAUAGUUGAGCCCAUGUUAGAUUUCAAUGCUGGGACAUGCACAGCUUACCUGGCUCAGGCCCAGCCUUCUAAUUUCCUGCUGCCUGGAAAACCAGGCGGCCCUUCUGUUGGCACCACUAUUGGGCACAGCAGUGCCAGGCCUCUGCUGGCUCCCAGAGAACAGGUGGAGACGGCUUGGAGGAGAGGGCAAAGACCUGCCCAGGGGCUCUGGACAUACUCACCUGUAUGUGUGCCUUUGUGUCUGCUUUAUGCCUCUGUGUGUAGCCGUGUGUGUGUGUUCAAGUAUGUGAACCACCGUGCCCACAAUGCCCGCCUGUGCACAUGCGUAUGCGUAUAUCUGGGAUAUGUGUCAUUGUGCCCCUGUAGUGUCCAACCGGUGUGUGUGUGUCUUCUGUGCAGACCUGUCCAUGUGGUGUGCCUGUGCUGAGUGUGUGUAUGAGUGUGAACACAUGUGGAUAGGUUUGCACGUUGAGUCCCUGUUGACCUUAGUUCCUCUUCUCUUUGUUCUUGUUUCUUGUGAACAGUUUGAUUAAAACUCAGGAAGCAGCAAAACCUCCAAAACAACGUGUAUGUGUGUGUGUGUGUGUGUGUGUGUGUGCGUGCGCACCCAGGCCAGAGCCUUCCUUUCCAUCUGCCCUGCUCUCUGGCCUCCUCACGCCCUGCCCGGGCCCCUUCCCGCUCCCCAUGCCUCUGCUCUUCUCCCUGCCUCUGGUUCUCUUCAUCAGUCCUGUUGCCCCAGUCAGGCACCCUGUCUCCUGCCUGCAUCCUCUGUGGAAGGAGGUCCCCUCCUGUUCUCUUCCUUCAGAGGGUGCAUCCAACAGGGGCUGCCUCCUCUGCCCAGCACCCUGCCCACUGCCUUUCCUCGGGCCUCAGCCUGGCAUGGCCCCAAGUGCCUCAGCAUCUGUUGGAUAGAUAUUCUCCACCUGACCAUGCAGAGCUACCACUGCCUGCAGCCCCUCCCCUGCAGACCACACCCAUGUGCACCUUGUCCUGGUGGGAACAGGCCCAAGCCCGGCCAGCAGACGGCUCCUCUGUACAGUUCUUACAAUAAACCUCCCCGCCAGUGCCUCUGACACCAGGCUUCUUGC